AUGGAAAAUGAGCCAGCUACCAUGUCUCGACCUAAGGUGUUGUCAAGUUGGUCUGUGAAUCCAACAACAGUGAUGAACUCGCGCAACUCUCCAUAUGAGAAAUCCUAUGCCAACAUGUAUCCUGCGACAUCUCCAGAAUCAUACCGACAGGCUAUACGUACUAUGCCAGAGAAGAUUCAACAAACCUCGGAUGCCGUAACAUCAACAUUUUCACUUGCCGAUAGUUCCUUUGAAAAUGGUACCCUAACGCCUAGGAACGCUCCACGGCAAGCUAGUUUCAUUGCAGCAAUGACACGACAAACUAUGUCUGAGGACGAAGGUGAGUAG